GAGUGCUGUUUCCCUCCUCUUCGGCGUGUUGUUCCUCGUGAAAAUAAAUAUAAAUAGACAUUGUCUCCGCUUUUUUUUGCGGAUAUAUAUAUUAUUUUUUUUUAGUUGGGGGUGAGUCGCUGGCUGGAGUGAUGUGUCGUUGUCUGCUGGGGCGAGAUUAUGGAUAGACUGAAUAAUUUGACCCACGGCACAAAUGCAACAUCAAAUUCAGGUCAGAACUGUGUCAACUCCAGUGGUCCAGUGGAUAAAUUGCUGUUAGCACCAUCCCUGUCGUCAGUUAAUGAAGACCUGAGAUGGAUAUUUCCUCUCCACACGUACGGCUUCGCCUGCCUCUUCUUCGUCCUCAGCUUCUACACCCUCUUCUCGAUUCUGAACCUGAGAUCUCUCAUCUCCAGUCGACCAUUUAUGUCGACCAUCAACAUCUUUCUGUGUUUGCUCGGUGCCUCAAGGUCUGGCUGCCUCUUCAUAGAUCCUUACAAUCUCCAAGAGACAAUGCCGAAGAUAAUAGGCUCAAUACUGUGGGACAUCGGUUUUCCUUGUGUGACCUCGGCUUUCUGCCUCAUCCAACUUGCCUUCCUCCAGCUGACCCAGCUUAAAUUCGGGCCAGAGAAAAUCCAGAAGGAGUCUUGUCUGAGUCUCAUCAUAACUUGUCAUUUUUCCUGCGUCAUAGCCAGUGAUAUUGCCCUGGCAUUUCACAACCACUUCGUAACAAAGUACAUCGUUCAAACAAUAUUCCUCACCUGGAGUAUACUCCUGUACCUGACAUUCCUCCAUGCUGGCUACAAGAUCAUGCACCUCCUGAAAGCAUUGCCGAAUAAUUUACUGACUCGUGACAAUUCACUGGCUAAUCAGAAAGGAAUUAUGCAGUUGGCGAUGCUCGCACCUUACAAUAAUUUAGCUACUUCAGUUGCUGCGGCCUUGGUGCCAACUUUGCUCAAUCCUAAAUACAAGAAUGAUGACAAUGAUCCCGUUAAUCCUGAAGAAAGUCAAAAAGGCAUGCCAUCAGUUCUGGAGGAGUGGCGAGAAUCUCCGGAGGAGGUGCCCCGGAAAUCCGAGGUACCAGCGACGUCGACGGUGCCGGAGGUGUACGUCAGACCGCCGACACCAACUCCAGCAGCUGUCAAUCUACCGAUAAUAAUGGUAUCGAGUCCAAGCAGACGAAGUUCAAUCGCCAGCAGUCGCAGGGGCAGUGAUGCCUCGAAGGGUUCCCGAAGAGGUUCCGAUUGCAGCGUGAGAUUUGCUAAUGAUAACGUAUCCCAGGGGGAGGGAAGCAGCAGACCAAUAACACCAGAGGGAAUCCACAGACGUCACUCGGACAUGCCAACGCCGACUGGAAGUAACAAGGAUCUCCGGAGGUGCUCGGACGUCACCCACGAGAAGAACAGAAGCUCUCAGUUCGCUACCAAACUGAGGAGGAACUCUGAUUUUGGGAAUAGAACUCCCAAGAGGAUGAUCUCCACCGAGGGACCUAGACUGCCGAAGGUUCUGGAUGUCAGUCCUGUUGGAUCCCGAAGAAAUUCUGAUAUCAGUGGUCUAGCUGCUGUGAAGACACCGGAAUCCCGGAGGAAUUCCGACGUGUCGUACCGCCGUAAUUCCGAGUUCUCUGGCAUAACUCCACUAGUGAUAAAUCGUCGGUGCAGUGACGUGAGCAUCAGAACCCUCGACAAGAGUCCCACCCACUUCCAAACGACAAUCCCAAAAAUGGAGAUCACCGAGAAAUCAGAGUCUGACUCUGAUCAUCCGGAUUGCAACGAGAAAGCUGCACUAAUGGCGAUUGAUGGGGCUGAGGACAAGCCUGAGGAGGGAAAGCACAGGAAGAAGAGCUUAUCCUGGAAGAAUGUCGAGGUGCUCAAGGGUGAGGAAGAUAUCACCGCUGCCAGCACUCUUCUCCCUGAGGGGGAGAGAGUAGCUAGUGAUUUUACACUACAUGCCAUCCUCAAUCACAUUGCUUAUGUCAAUCGUGCUAAAUCUGAUGUACCACUUCAUAUACCGGAAGCCAGCACCGCAGCUGCCAGGAAGUCCCAGAUUAAAAGAGUUCUUAAUGUCACUUAUGCUACGGCUGUACUGGGGAUUAUUCUGUGCUGCGCUGAUAUCGGAAGGAUCUUCGGUCCUUAUGGUCUUCUCGGUGAAAUUUCGAGGUACGGAAAAUCGUCUGGUCCAGUGGAAUACCUCAAACCGUGGCCCUGGCUCGUUUACCAAACAAUUUGUCGUGCACUGGAACUGAUGAUGGGCUGUGCAAUGGCGAGUUUAACGAAACAGCCAUCAGUGAGCCCUAGACACCAGUACUUCAAUAAUUACCGCAGCUACAGCGCUGGUUUGAAGCCCCAGCCCUUCAUCUAAAUCACCGAGGCAAUAUUUCUCCCAGGGAAAUCGACUGAACCCACCUCACGACAAAUUCAAUCAAUUAUACCAGGUUCUCAUUGAUUUCCACGUUGAGUUAUGCCUCGAAUUCUGUAGGGAAGUGACUAAACUAAUUACACUGCUAUUUGCUAGGGCCGAAGAGAAGAUGAAAAUUUUGUACGAUUUAUGUCUCUAUUCUUGAAAAAUUGUUCACGUUGUAAUAAUUCAUUGAAAAAUCAUUGUGGAUCUAGUAUGGAUUUUUAAUUGUUGGAGUAUCGUGUUAGUCAUCUUCGAGGAAAUUAUUUAAAUUAUUUAAAUAAUUUACCUGGCAUUUCCCUUCUGUGCAUAUUGAAAGAUAAAUCUUAUUGAAGAUAAAUUUUAUUGAAAUGUUAAUAAUCUCAUCUGGUAUGAUAGAUUGUUAAUUAAUCUGGAUAAAAUACUUCGAUACUCGGCGCUUCACUACAGAAUAGAAGAGGCACGUGAUUUUUAUGGUAAAUAUCUAUCGACGAUCGCAAUAACAAUCUUUAAACUUGGGAACAUCAAUCGCUGUGAGAAUUAACGUUUCUAAUAACGAUGUGUGAACGUUGAGAGAGAGAAUUCAUCUGAAAUUCUGUGGAAUCGAUAUUUUCGAAAUUCUAAAGACAUGAAUUGUGUUCAGGUGUAGGAAAAAGUUGAGACAAACUCAACUGCAAUUAUAUCAUUAAUGGAGAUAACUCAUGCAGUGACUUCAAUGAUUCCGAAUCACGUGUAUUUUAUUUUGUUGAAAUUUCAGGGAUGAGAGUUUAAACAAUUACCAUUGUUGUGUAACAAAUUCUGGUAGGUCAGUAAAUCUACUCUUUCCUGAGAAAUUAAAAAAAAAAUAUACACGUAAUUUUUGAGUUUCGGAAACGCGAAGCAAUCGAAUUUUUUUCAAUCAUCAAUACCUCAGAAUGUACUGAAUAGAAUUUGAAAUAUUUUGGAUCGUUUUGAAGUGCCUUAAUCGCGCUGAAAAAUGAAAUGCAUUGCAUUAAAUUCUUAUGGUUAUUUCGGGAGAUAUUGAAGAUGUGUAAAAAUUUUGCCGCUCCACCGAUUCACUGGAUAAGUACAUCACACAUGCGCGUCGAACUGAAAAAAUAUCUAUUUUAAUCGAAAUCCAUAUUUUUCGAUUUUGGUUUAUUUUUCUACUCCCCAUCAACAAAUCGAGUUAAUUUUCUUUCAUUCAUAAGGAAAGGGUCAUUACUAGACUGUAAAUACAGCAUAUUACUGGACUCUAAUAUUUUGUAUUAGAGAUUUUGAAUUCAUGUAAGGAUACGUGUCUUAAUCGUGCCCCCAGGUAGAUAAGAAACGAUUUGCACGGCAAAUCUAUCCUUUCCAAGUGCCCUACUCUUCAAUGUUCAAAGUAAUAUAUAAAAAAUGAGGAAAAAAAGAAUAAAAAAACAUUUUAAUACUCGAGAUUAAUAGUUAAAUCGUUUUCAAUUGAGGUAUAGAAUUUAAUCAAAUGAGAAUGUGUCGCAAUGUUGUGAUUCUACAUGUGAUAAGCAUCUCGAUGUCUAGAUUAGGUGAAUCCUACGGGUCUUUUCAUGAAAUUUAUGAAUGCGUGACUUCGACGAUGGAAAUACAAUGUUGAAGUGACAAAAACCCAUUUUAUCACUUUUCCACUGAAUUGUUCUGAAGUUGAAUCACGAGUACAAAAUGCGAUAAAUCCUGAAUGCGUUGGUAUGCCAUGAAAAAUGCAAACUCAAACCAAAACUAGGAUAAAUUACUCAUAUAGAUUUCAAAAUCAUAUGAUAAAUGUUUGAUGUGCCAAAAACAUAGAAAAUCACUAAAAAAAAAAAAUAUUCGUGUUACCUAUUUUAAAUGUUUACGAGAAUUAAAGACAAAAAUGAAAAUCUAAAGAAAUUAAUCAAUUAAUUAUCGUAAAAGUGAGAGUAUACUAGUUCCAGGGAGCUUCUGACACUGAGAUACCGUUAUUUAUAUACAAAAAAAGAUUGCACAAUAAUGUUAAAGAAUCCUAGAGAAGGAUUGCACAAUAAUCGAGGAAAUCUAGGAAGAAAAUACCAGAAUUCAGUGCUCAAUUCGCCGAAUAUGAAAUUAUCGAGAUAUAAUUGCGUAAUUAACGAGGACGAGUACUGAAUUAUUUCGAAAUAAUGGAAAUAAUAGUAAUAACUUCGGAAUUAACUGUCAUUGGACGUAUCAAUUUUUUAUAUUAUUUAUUUGUAGAAUCGUCUGUAGGCGAGACUAUUAGAAGAAAUUGAGACAGCCAUAAAGGAAAAAUUAAUAGAACCGAAAAAUACCGGUGAGAAGUAAUUUUUCAUUUAUCAUUAAUUAAAUGUUAUGUAAAUAGUCUGAUAUCAAAUUAUGGAUCAAUAUACUCAUGUUUCUAGUUUUCCCGAGCUUUGGGAACUCAAUAAAGCUGUGAAAAUUAAGGGACAGAUGAUUCAUUCGCAAGAUAAUAAUUUGAUGAUUUGUUUU